UCCACAUGUUCGAACAAGAAGAAUCUUAUCUUAUCAUUAUCACAACGUCGCUGCUGGCUGCAGGUGUGACUAGUGAUCACUGGGUUAAGUAUAAAAAGUGCAAGCUCAGCGUCAGCGCUGACAAAGCGCAGACAGACCCGAAAGUGAUUGAAACUAAUUGAAAAGCAGCCAAGCAAAUAAGCAAUCGGAAUAUAUCUACUGAUCGUUAGACACGCGAAUAGUCCUCGCGUCGAGAUAAUUGUGAAAUUGUGCGCAUUUAAAUUGUAAAGUGAUAAUAAAAAAAUCGUAAUACCGCUUAACAACGGAGAAUUGUGUGUGGAACUGUAUUGAAUUACAAAAGCAAAUCAUGUUAAUCAAUUGGAAAAGUAUUUUGCUAAUAUUAUGUAUAAUAUUCAUACAAACAAUGGUGGUAUUAAGCACAAAUGCACCGUUGUCGGCUAGGAAAGCCCAACUAGCCGGCAUGAGUCCAAGGGCGGCACUGGGAUUUUUGGAGAAUCGACGUGGUCGAAACGAAAACACUAAAGCAUGGACACCAAAAUUGUUGGCGAAACGUGAGGCGGUUCCACAUUCGGCACCUUAUAUCGUAUCAAUACAACGCAUGACACCAGAUGACGGCCUCGUACAUUACUGUGCAGGCACUAUAAUUCAUGAGAACUGGAUACUAACAGCAGCUCACUGCCUCACUUCGGAUGAAGCAGUGGAAAACUCCAUCAUUGUCGCCGGCUGUCAUGAUCUACGCGGCACCGAAGAAGGCGACUGUGUACAGGUGCGCACUAUUGAUCACUAUGUGCGACACGAGCUCUACCUUGGAGGCAUUAAUCCGUAUGAUAUCGCGCUCAUCUACACCAAACGACCAUUGCAAUUUACACAGCAUGUGCAACCAGCACAACUGCCAGAACAGGAUGUGCUGCCAGUUGGUAGUGGCACACUUUAUGGUUGGGGUAAUAUUUCGAUGACGCUGGUGCCCAAUUAUCCACAUCGCUUGCAGGUAGCUGAUAUGCCCAUAUUGGAUAUGGAAAUAUGUGAACAUAUAUUGGCUGCCUCUGGUUUGCAACUGCACGAUACCAAUCUGUGUACGGGUCCACUAAAUGGUGGUGUCAGUAUCUGUACUGCCGACUCUGGUGGCCCUUUAAUACAACCCUGUUGUGAUGGUUUCGAGGAAGGUUACACAGUUAUUGGUAUAGUGUCGUGGGGCAAAAUGCCUUGUGGUCAGAAGAAUGCGCCAUCUGUAUUUGUGCGUGUUUCAGCGUUUACACAUUGGAUUAGUGACAUUAUCAUGACUUCAACACAGUUUGAUUAAAUAAAGGCGAAGACUUAAGGAGAGAGAAUUUAGAGAAUGCUAGCAAGCUGUGGACUGAAUGCUGAAAUGCCAAUAACUGUAUGGCGUGAAAACCGAAAUCAUUGUGCGUUGAAAUAGUGAAAAAGGAAAUCUCAUGAAUUUAGUAUUAAGAUUUUAGUAAAAUAUAGUAAAACUUUUAUAAUACUUAAUAAAAUUAAAAAUAUAUUAAUUACGCAGGUUUAUAAAAUAAUGAAACCUUGAAAAAAAAAAAUAUAUAUAUAUAUAAGAAAACUCGAAAAAACAAGAUAUGGAUAAUAUAAUAAAUAUAA